GUUGUACCUAUGAAUCAUACGCACACAUACACAUGGGGAAAUAGGGCCCAGGUUGAAAAAUACCAAAGUUAUCCUUUAAUGCAUGAACGGAAUGACAGCUUUUUAGAUCGGGAGCUUUUUGUUUUUAUUACAUUUAGAUCCGGGACCAUUAAAACAUUUGAGGCUGAAGCCUUGGACGCCCAGGCCUAACAACGCCACUGCUCAAUCCCAUUACAAACAAGUGUAAACCUCUUUCAGGAGGUCACAGACAACCAUUCACACAGAUAUUCACACCUACGGACAAUUUGGAGUCACCAAUUAACCUGUAUGUCUUUGGACUGUGGGAGGAAGCUGGAGUACCCGAAGAAAACCCAACCUGACACCAGAUUUACUGAAAUGUUGAUUUUCAUAUAUAAAAGUGACCAGGUUGCCAGUGCAGGUGAGAACACACUGCACAGUACAAAAUGCAAUAUGAAAUACACAAUCACUACCUUAUAAAGUGGCCAGGUUACUGGUGCUGAUGCCUUCCAAAGAGGAACAAGGAAGUAACAGAACAAAUACAAAUCAAAGAGGAAGCAUUUGGAUGUGGCUACAACAUAAUGCAAAGGCAGAAAGAGAUCACAGCAGCACUUGUUCAACAGCCACGUUCAGUAUCUAUGCCAGCUAGACAUUCCAGUAUUUGAUGGGAUUCCUCUUGAAUACCGAGCCUUCAUUUGAGCAUUUGGGCGUGGCAGGGAAGAAGAGGCCUUCAGUAAUGCUGAUUGCUUGUAUGUUUUGGAGCAGAUCACUAGAGCACAUUCAGCAAUAUAUACAUGUGUAAGUAAAAGCUGUGCUACUGAAUAAUUCCGAGGUGUGUCCUUGUAUUGCUUGGCACCUUCCCCGCAAAAUGUCUGAGCAUGUCCUUGUUUUUUAUAAACAAGUUUUCUUUCAUUCCUGAUAUGUGUUACUAGUGUCACUUCCUGUUUCCACUGUGGAAGGUAAAAAGUUUCUCACAGAAGAGACACGUUCGGACUGGUGACGUUAUUUUCGGCCAAAGUAGCAUUAUAUCUUGGAACCAAAUAUCUAGCCUAAUUUUUCAUUCAUCACUCUGAGCUGACAAGAAGCUUGAAGUUAUGGCUGACAGCCGACAGGGAGUGGACAGAGAAGAAGGAAACCAGCAGCCCCAGGGCACCAUGGGUGGGAAAGAUGUCAUUGUUGACCGCAUCCUGGAGCGAGCAGAAGUUAUUUUUAGAGGGUAUGUGAUUGAAUGUUGUAAAGCGGAGGAGCCUGGUCGACACAUUUCCUCUGAGCUUCUGGGAGGAAAGCCAAAUGAACAACAGGAUCCACAAAUCAAAGAAGUGGUGCAACAGUUGAUCAAGAUGACAAAUGACAUGGACAAGAACAUUGAGCUCCGACGACUGAUCAACCAGGUUCCAAGCAACUGUGCUCAGGACAUCUUCAUAAAGGUGGCCAGGAGCAUCUUUACUGAUGGCAUCAACUGGGGUCGAGUGGCGGCUCUCUUCCAUCUGGCCUACAGACUCAUUCACAAGGAACUGAUCACCAACCAUCCAGAGAACAUCAGGCCAAUUAUAAGGUGGUUUCGCCAGUUCAUCAGAGAGCAUCUCUACUCUUGGCUCGUACAGCAGGGAGGCUGGGUUGGUGUGAUCAUUCGUGUUCCUUGGUGGAGGACAGCAGCCUUAGUAGCAUCAUUAGCAAUGGUAGUAGCUAUUGUUUACUACAGAGGGACGCGCUGAGAGCACCGGACCUUACAACCUCACAACCAGGGCUGCAGUCCCGUCUCCUGGAUAAACGCUGGACAUUAAUAGUUGUUAACCAGGCCUGUACUGUUUUUUAGACAUGUGCAUGGCUGCAAGAUUGCAAGAUUUUAAAACCAUUAUGGUUUCCUCCAACUACAGUGGCAUGCAAAAUUUGGGCACCCAUAGUCAAAAUUUUGUUUACUGCAGGGGCGGACUGGCCAUCUGGAGAUUCUGGAGAAUCACAGAACGGCCGGCGGCCGCCACGCAGUCAUCACCGUUUUUUUUUUUAAUGUUUUUUUUAUCUUUUUCUCCCCGACAAUCUACUGUUCCACGUCCAGUCCGCUAGGUGGCAGCCUUUAAAUUGGAUGCCAGCCGGCCCAUAGAUAUCUAUGAGCCAGCCGGCCGCCAGUCAAAUUGAAGAAGAAGGAAGCGUACCGUAUGCGCACCGGUUGUUGUGGGCUGAGCCGAGUCAAAGUCCAGGGCUGUUUUUUAGUCCCAGUCUGCCCCUGGUUUACUGUGAAUAGUUAAGUUAGUAGAAGAUAAACUGAUCUCCAAAAGGCAUGAAGUUAAAGAUGAAACAUGCAUUUUAAGCAAGAUUAGUGUAUUAUUUUGGUUUUGUACAAUUUUAGAGUGAAAAAAUGAAAGGAACACCCUGCAAACGUUUGGGCACCCAAGACAUUUGAGCUCUCGGACAACAUUUACCAGGGUCUCAGACCUUAAUUAACUUGCUAGGGCUCUGGCUUGUUCACAGCCAUCGUUAGGAAAGGCCAGGUGAUGAACUUUUUCUCUCCCAUAAAUAAAAUAACUGAUGCCCAUAAAGUAUGAGAAGACAAUAAGAAGAUAGCAAAGUGUUUUCAGGAAGCUGUUUCCUCAGUUCGUAAUGUCAUUAAGACAUGGCAGUUAACAGGAACUAUGGCGGUCAAGUUGAGGUCUUGAAGACCAAGAAAACUUUCUGAGCGAGCUGCUCCUGGAAUGUCUAGAAAGGCAAAUCAUGGCCAUGGCCCUCACAGUCCCCCGACCUAAACAUCACUAAAAAUCUUUGAAUAGACCUCAAAAGAGCAGUGCAUUAAGAUGCCCCAAGAAUCUCACAGAGCUAGAAGCUUUUUUCAGGAAGAAUGUGCGAAAAUCCUCCAAACAAGAACUGAAAGAGUCUUAGCUGGAUACAAGGAGUGUUUAGAAGCUGUGAUACUUGCCAAAGGGGGCGCUACUGAGCACUGACCAUGCAGGGUGCCCAAACUUUUGCUUCAGGCCCUUUUUGUUUUUUUGUUACUUUGAAACUGGAAAAUAUCGAAUUGAAACGUGAUCUUGCUUAAAAUAUUGAAGGAAUGUUUCAUCUUUAACUUCAUGCCUUCUGGAAAUCAGUUCAUCUGCUUACUUUUGACCAUGGGUGCCCAACUUUUGCAUGCCACUGUACGUAUAUAUAAAGCUGGAUAAAGUAACAAAGGCAAGUGCUAUACAUCAUUGUGAAUCAAAUUCAUGUGUACCACGGUGUCUGGACAUAUCUGAUAGACAAACAGAGUCACAGGCCCUUUCCAGAACAGUCUUUGGUCUUGAGAAGACAUAUAUGUAGCUAUCUCAACAGAAUCCAAAAGAGCUGUAAAGUGGAAGAGGUUUAACCACAAUUCCAUAAAAUGUUGGCAAGCUGUGUAAAAUGUAAGCAAAAAAAAAAAAGAAUGCAAUGAUCAGCAAACCUCUAUUCAGUUGAAUACAGUACGAACACAAGAAAGUUAAUGUCCAGAUUCAUAAACUUUAACUUUAAUAAGUUCCAAAAAAGUUUUGACAGGAGCAUGUGUACCACUGUAUUACAUCACCUUUUCUUUUAAAGACACUCAGUAAGGGUUUGUUGAAUUUUUGAAGUGAAAUUCAUUCCAAUUUUUGCUUGAUAUACGACUUCAGUUACUCAACAGUCCGGGGUAUUUUGCGCUUCAUAAUGUGCCACACAUUUUCUAUGAGAGUCAGGUCUAGACCUAAGGCAAGCGAGUCUGGUAUCCAGACUCUUCUACUACCAUGCCACGCUGUUGUAACACAUGCAGAAUGUGUGUCAUUAGCUGUGUCUCAAUUCUGGAGCUGCAGCCUUUGAAAGACGUGGCCUUUGCAGUGGACGUCGGCCACGUCCUUUCAAGACCGUGUCAGCCAAACCGAAUGGUCUCCGAAAUGGGACGGUUUGGUAGACAGAGGAUUUCCUGGUUCACCAGUUAUUCUCACUCCGACCCAUUGGCGUUCCUGUUACCUGCGCUUGACGAAAAAAGGAGUAAGCUAGUAAGUUAGUUAGCCCCAAAUCAUGGACCCAGAGAUUGUUAUUAUAUAUUUUUUUUAAUUUAAUACUUGAGGAGAUUAUUCACCACCGGAGACAUUGCUGUUUGAUAUAUUUCAGGCUGAUGGACCGUUUUCAGGUAAAGUUAUUAAAUUAAGAAUGUUUAAGCUGUGUGCUUGUAACUAUUAGUAAUGUUAGCAACAGUUAACGUUUAGCUAGUUAAAGGGAUAGUGCACCCAAAAAUGAA